UGUCACCAGAGAAGUUUUUCACAAGCAUGGUUUAAGUUCUAGCGCAGGUCAUUAUUAUGGCCAUGGAAACAUCAUUAAGGGGUUUAAUAGCAUAACACAACUUCAAAGCCCUGGAAGUGUGGAAGAGAUCAACAAUAUGGCCAAUUUGAAAUAUAGAAAGGGAUACUUUAAGGAGGCAGUACCCUUGUAUGAUAAGGCCAUUGCGUUGUGCCCUCAGAAUGCUAUUUACCAUACCAAUAAGGCUGCAGCAUUGAUCAGCCUUGGUAGAUUCACUGAAUCUGUGGAAGAGUGCCUAAAGGCAAUCAAAUGUGAUCCAUCAUGCUCUCGUGCCCAUUAUAGGCUUGGAACUCUUUUUACUAGGUUUGGUCAAGUUGAUGAUGCAAGAUGGCAUUUCAUGUUAUCUGAUAAGAAUAUUGGCUCAGAAACUAUGCAGCGUCUAUCACGUAUUGAAGCUCAUUAUGUAAAUACUAACAAGGCCAGGAAGGUUAAAGACUGGGGUGGCGUUUUGAGAGAAAGCACUUUAUGUAUUGAAGCUGGAGUAGAUGCAUCAAACCAGUUGGUUGCUUUAAAAGCUGAGGCUCUAUUUAAGCUUCAAAGGGUAGAGGAAGCUUUUGAACUAGUAAAUGCUGCAAGUCAUUCGGAAGAAAGUAGAGUCACAAAACCUCGCAAGGGUACAGCAUGCUUGCUGAUCAUUGAAACCAAGCUCCAUUUGUAUCUCGGAAGAUUUGAGAAGGGAGUUAAGUCUGCAGAAAAAGCUGUGGACAUGGAUUCAACCGGGAAGUCUCUAAAGUGGCUGAAGAAAGCUAGGGGUGCUGCAGAAGCCAGGAAAUGUGGAAAUGACUACUACAAGGAUAAAAAAUACUUGGAGGCAUGCACAAUGUUUGGCCAGGGUCUGCAGUAUGUUCCUACAAACAAUGUCUUACUUUGUGAUCGAGCUGCUUGCAGGUCUAAGCUUGGACAGUGGAAAAUGGCCAUUGACGAUUGCAAUGCAGCUUUAAGAGAACGACCUAAUUUCCACAAAGCUCUUCUAUGGCGUGCUCACUCUUAUGCUAGGCUUAGGAGAUGGAAGGAUUCUUUAAAGGACUAUUCUGCCUUGAGCAAGGAGUUUCCAGGAGAUGAAUUUAUUGCCAGCUCUCUUGAUCAAGUAAAAAAGGAAUUGAAGGCUCGAGCUCAUGGUAGAUUCUCAAGCCUUGAGCCAAUAAUGGAAACAUAUAUCUAUUAGUCAAAAUUUCCAGCUUAUUGUUCCGUUCUUAAGCUUGAGCAUUUGCAAAACAUAGAUUAGGAUAUAACUUUAUAGAUCAGUUCAUCGAUGGGGAGUACCACUUCGAUAUUGUUUGGAGUACUACAAAAUUGGCCAACGGCCAUGUCUGAAUUGAAAAACUGCCCAAGGUGGUUAGUGUUCGUCUUUUGUGUUCAACUCUUUGAUACUUCAGUGCCUACUACUUCAGGAAUUGCUGGAAUAUCCAAAAUCCUUGUACCAAAAUAUUCCUUUGUUUGAACUAUUCAUUCUCUAGGAUCAAUGCACAUAAUAGAAAGAUGAUGUUAGUAAUAUAGCAUUUGGCUCAUAGCUCU